CAGCAGCAUGGACUCACCGUGAAACCCGGAGCUUCCCGACCCGCACCGGGGAAACUUUUAACCGCAGCGGACUCCCGCGGCCCGGCCUCCGCCCCCGCGCAGGUUCCGCACACAUUUUUAACCGGCAACUUUCGGCGGCGUCGUGACUUUGUUUCCACUCGAGUGAGGAAGGAAAACAAACAAACAAACAUAAAAAAAAGUGUCUCCCGGCUCGUGACGGCUAUGACCCGCUCAGGUGCGCCAGCAGGUGAAUUCGUGUUGUUGUGAGAAGUUAAAAAAAAUACAUUAAUAAUGGAAGAGAAACAUUUCGAAGCGUGUGGAAGCGACGAGAGUCUGUCAGCGUCGUCUUCAGGCUCCCAGACCCUGUCCGAGGGAGGAGAAGAGGAGGAGGAGGAGGAAGAGACCGCGUCCGUGCUGGAAAUUAAAGUUUAUGGAGAUGAAGGGGACUUUCAAGCUGUCAACGAAGACGAGCAAAACGCCCAAUAUGAGAAAACGACUGAGGAGGAGGAGGAGGAGGAAGAGGAAGAUGAAAAGUUGGACAACAUCCUCUAUCCACCGGCUUCAUACCACAGGAAAUCCAGCAACCCUGAGGUGACUCGAGGAUUAAGUCCUGCCCUCAAGCUGAAGCGUCAUCUCAGUGAAGAUGGAACGUACGUCCGGAGAAGAAGCCUCGGGGGUGGACUCACAGGAAAGUACCUCCUGCUGCCGAGCACCAUCCAGCCGACACACUCAGCAGGCCAUCAGUCCUCUGAGACCUCCAACCUGGUCCGCAUGCGAUCCCUCAACCUCGGGAAGUCGGACCCCUCCCUCACCUCCAGCCUGAAGGAGCUGAGUCUUCCCAGAAGAGGCAGCUUCCUUACUCCCCGAAGCUUGAGCCCCACUCCCACUAGUCCGUGCAGUCCGUGCAGCCCGCUGCACGCUUUUCAUUUCUGGAGCUGCAGGACGAGCAACAGAAAGAGCCUGAUAGGAAGCGGUCAGUCUUCCGGUUUACCUCGGCCUCACUCCCCGCUCUCAUCUCUCACAGGAACGAGCCCACAAGACAGUCCCAGAAAUUUCUCUCCUAGUGCCUCUGCUCAUUUCUCCUUUGCACGAAGUCAUUGCCACAGAGCAGACAGGACUGAUGGUCGCCGCUGGUCGCUGGCCUCCCUUCCCUCGUCUGGAUAUGGAACCAACACGCCCAGCUCCACUGUCUCUGAGAAGCUGCACCAGCUGCCCUUCCAGCCUACGCCCGAUGAACUGCACUUCCUCUCCAAGCACUUCUGCACCGAGAGCAUCUCCGGGGACGAAUGCCGCAGAGCGACAGCCAUGCGACCCCGCUCACGCAGUCUCAGUCCUGGAAGAUCUCCAUCGUGUUACGACCAUGAGAUUAUCAUGAUGAAUCACGUGUACAAGGAGCGUUUUCCGAAGGCCACGGCUCAGAUGGAGGAGAGGAUCGAGGACAUCAUCCGCAGCAACUCUCCGGAGACCGUCCUCCCGCUGGCAGAUGGCGUGCUCGGCUUCGCCCACCACCAGAUAAUUGAACUGGCCCGUGACUGCCUGGAGAAGAGUCGGCUCGGACUCAUCACCUCCAGCUACUUCUGCGAACUCACCGACAAGCUGGAGAGGCUCGUCCAGGAGUCGACGGAGAGGUCGGAGAGUGAAGAGGUGAACUUCAUCAGAGAGCUGGUGAAGAAGAUUCUCAUCGUCAUCGCCCGACCUGCACGACUGCUCGAAUGUUUGGAGUUCGACCCGGAGGAGUUUUACCACCUCCUGGAGGCCGCCGAGGGACACGCUAAAGAGGGUCAGGGCAUCAAAACGGACAUCCCGCGUUAUAUCAUCAGCCAGCUGGGACUCACACGAGAUCCUCUGGAAGAAAUCGCUCAGCUCACCAGCUGCGACAGCGGCAUCGCAGAAACCCCCGAAACAGACGACUCUUCUCAGAGCCUCAGCACAGCUCUGCGGUCCCGGCGGAAACCAUGCGAAUUGGACUUCGAGAUGACAAAACUCAUCAGUAAUGGCGCCUAUGGGGCUGUUUAUCUGGUGCGGCACAAGGAGACGAAGCAGCGGUUCGCCAUGAAGAAGAUCAACAAGCAGAAUCUGAUGCUGAGGAACCAGAUCCAGCAGGCCUUCGUGGAGCGAGACAUCCUCACCUUUGCCGAAAACCCCUUCGUGGUGUCCAUGUACUGCUCCUUCGAGACGCGGCGGCACCUCUGCAUGGUGAUGGAGUACGUAGAAGGAGGAGACUGUGCCACGCUCUUGAAGAACAUGGGUCCGCUGCCUGUGGACAUGGCCCGGAUGUACUUCGCCGAGACCGUGCUGGCUCUGGAGUAUCUCCACAACUACGGCAUCGUCCACAGGGACCUCAAGCCGGACAAUUUGCUGGUGACCUCCAUGGGACACAUCAAGCUGACCGACUUCGGUCUUUCCAAAGUGGGACUCAUGAACAUGACCACCAACCUGUACGAGGGCCACAUCGAGAAAGACGCCAGAGAGUUUUCUGACAAGCAGGUGUGUGGGACCCCGGAGUACAUCGCUCCAGAGGUGAUCCUCAGACAAGGCUACGGGAAGCCGGUGGACUGGUGGGCCAUGGGAAUCAUCCUGUACGAGUUCCUCGUGGGCUGCGUGCCGUUUUUCGGCGACACCCCAGAGGAGCUGUUUGGGCAGGUCAUCAGUGAUGAGAUCAACUGGCCUGACGGCGAGGACGCCCCCCCUCCCGACGCCCAGGAGCUCAUCACCUUGCUGCUGAGGCAGAAUCCUCUGGAAAGGAUGGGCGCAGGUGGAGCUGCUGAAGUGAAGCAGCAUCAGUUUUUCCACAACCUGGACUGGAACGGCCUGCUGAGGCAGAAGGCCGAGUUCAUCCCCCAGCUGGAGUCCGAGGACGACACCAGCUACUUCGACACGCGCUCGGAGAGGUACCAUCACCUGGAGACGGAGGAGGAGGACACCAACGACGAAGACUUCAACGUGGAGCUGCGGCAGUUCUCCUCCUGCUCCCACCGAUUCUCAAAGGUGUACAGCAGUCUGGAUUUGUCUCGUGGGCAUCUGGAGGAGAAGGGAGAGACGGAGGAGAAGAAGAGCGAGAGCCCGCUGACGGUGGACUCCCUCAGCUGGACGCCCGACUUCGCUGACAUGCCCUCUCUGUCCCACUCCACCGACACGGACAGUCUCAAUCAGGGCCCUCGUCCCAGCGCGCUACCAAAGUUUGCCAUCUCGGCCGAGAGCGAAGGGGACGAGACCUCGGGCCUCGGCGACCCCAGCAAGGCCUCCUUCUCCAUCGGAGAGCUCCCGCAGGACGAGCCCGACGCCACGACGCCUGGCAGCACUCACAGCGGGGCCACGCUCUCCGGAAGUUUCUCCGAGCAUCUGGACCAGCUGACGCCCAGAGGUGAGGGCGUGCAGAGUCCCGACAGCACCAGCCAAUCAGUGGAGCCGACGCCUCUGCAGACGUCCUCGCUGCGGCCCGAGAGCGCUGCGGAGAAGAGCGGCCCCGUGGCCAAAGUGCCCAAGUCCGUGUCCACCGGCACCCUUUCCCUCAUGAUCCCCGGAGAUAUCUUCGGGGUCUCCCCGCUGGCGAGCCCCCUCUCUCCAUACUCGCUCUCCUCGGACCCGUCCUCCAGAGACUCCUCCCCCAGCCGGGACUCCUCCCUCUGCACCUCCAACCCCCGGCAGCCCGUCGUCAUCCACAGCUCCGGGAAGAAGUUCGGCUUCACGCUGAGGGCCAUCCGGGUGUACGCCUGCGACAGCGACAUCUACACCGUCUAUCACAUGGUCUGGAAUGUGGAAGAUGGAGGACCGGCACAUAAAGCAGGGCUCAAAGCCGGAGAUCUCAUCACACAUGUGAAUGGAGAACCGGUUCACGGCCUCGUCCACACCGAGGUGGUCGAGCUCCUGGUGAAGAGCGGCAGCAAAGUGUCCAUCUCGACGACCCCCUUUGAAAACACGUCUAUCAAAACAGGCCCAGCCCGGAGGAACAGCUACAGGAGCAAGAUGGUCCGAUGUGGCAAAAAGCCAAAGAAGGAGAAAACUCCAGAAAGGCGACGAUCCCUCUUCAGACGUUUCGCCAUGCAGCCGUCGCCCCUUCUGCACACCAGCCGCAGUUUCUCCUCCCUCAACCACUCUCUGUCAUCUGGUGAGAGUCUCCCUGGCUCCCCUACCCACAGUCUGUCCCCUCGUUCCCCUACCGCCGCCUUCCGCCCCGCUCCAGACUUCACCCAGUCAGCUGGAAACUCGUCCCAGAGCAGCUCACCCAGCUCCAGCGCUCCAAACUCCCCCGCGGGAUCAGGCCACAUCCGUCCCAGCACCCUGCACGGCCUGGGCCCCAAGCUGCCCGGCCAGAGGCUCCGCCAGGGCCGCCGCAAGUCUGCCGGCAGCAUCCCGCUCUCGCCUCUGGCUCGCACGCCGUCCCCCACUCCCCAGCCCACGUCUCCGCAGCGCUCGCCCUCCCCUCUCCUCAGCGGACACUCUGUCGCCAUUUCCAAGGCGACCCAAGCCUUCCCGGCCAAAAUACAUUCCCCGCCCACGAUCGUGCGACACAUCGUGCGGCCCAAAAGCGCCGAGCCGCCCCGCUCGCCCCUCCUGAAGCGCGUGCAGUCCGAGGAGAAGCUGUCUCCCUCCUACACGGGAGAUAAGAAGCACCUGUGUCCCAGGAAGCACAGCCUGGAAGUGACCCAGGAGGAGGUGGUGCAGGACGAGGAGGUGCGGCAGGGCGAGCGGGAUUACAGCGCGCCGCAGAGCGCCGAGGAAGCUGCCUGCGAGCCGCCGGCCGUCACCCGGGUGCGACCGGUGGAGCAGGGCUGCUUGAAGAGGCCCGUCGGUCGAAAGAUGGGCCGGCAGGAGUCUUUGGAGGAGCUCGACAAAGAAAAGCUGAAGUCCAAGAUGGUCGCAAAGAGGCAGGACUGGUCAGAGAGGAGGGAGUCUCUGCAGAAGCAGGACGCCCUGCACGAGUGCGAGUCCCCACUCCUGUGCGGAGACGACAGGGAGGAAGGCUUCAUGGGCCGAAGUCAGAAUAAAGCGCAGAGCAGCCCUGAAUCGGGCCCUCUGGAGGCGAAAGCUGCGAGCUCCACUCUUAAAGAUGUCCUGUAUAAAAAACUGAACACACGAGUCUCCGAGGGCAUCGCCGAGCCGUGCGGCAGCGGCGGUGAUGGCGAGGGACUGCGGUCACCGCUCUGCUCCAUUCACCCGGAGUGGCAACACUGCAGGCAGAGCAAAGACGCCAUGAAGCCCGACAGGCUGGACUUCAAAGCUCCCAACAUCGAGUUCACCAGGAAGAGGCUGUCGUUCGAGGAGAGGGAGGACUGCAUGUGCCGCCUGUCUUCGGGCCUCCACGAGAACCUCCAUUUCGGCUCCACCAGGUCCAAGAGCCUCCAGCUGGACACCGCCAUGUCUCACGAUCACAUGAAGGGCGGACUGGGCAGCGUCCACUCCAGCCCUGAAGGUCUGACUCCAAAGCUUUUCUCCGGCAGAGGCGAGAGCGCCGUGGAGAAGCUGCAGCUCAUCUCCUCCGCCGAGUCUCCGCUUCGAAAGACGUCGUCCGAGUACAAACUUGAAAGUCGCCACGUCUCCUCCCUCAAACCUUUAGAGGGCACCCUGGAUAUCGGUCUGCUCUCUGGGCCUAGAGUCUCCAAAACGGAAACAUGUUUAUCGAAGAUGGCGGAGAAUACAAGCAGCACUGUUUCUCCGAUUUGGCUGCAGAGUCCCACAGAGCGGCAGAUAACCAUUCCCCAGCUGAAAACCUCAGAUAAGAUAAAAAGCCCCCUGACUUCUUCCCUGAGCCCUGAAGCUGUUUCAUCUUUAAAUAGCAUCAUUGUCCCUAAAGAGCCGUCAAAUCAUGCAAACGCCGACAUGAAAAGCGGAGAGAAAACACAGGACAGGCACGGUGAAACAUUUAAAGCCUCCAGCAGCAAAGUGGAGGCGUCAAACUUUAUCCUGAAACCAGAGAGCCGGAGCAGCAUGGUGAAGGUGGGCUCGUCGCUGGCCCACGAGCACCGAGGCCCUCGCCACAGCUCCCACUUCUCCUCCUGCGGAAAAACUCCCUCCAUACGGGAAGUGAGCAACGAAGAUCAGGAGGACGAAGCGGAGCUGGAGGAAGCCGCAGCACAAACCACGUCGCAGAGCGCCGACAGCUGCAAGACCGUGGCGUCUGUGGCUGCAGCAAAGCUGGAGGCGGAUGUAAAGACUUCCCCCGCGCUCAGAGCUCCAGCUGUCUGCAGACCGGUGCCCGUGCUCGCAAAUACAAACUGUGGUUUGGAGGCAGGUCGGAGCAGUGAGAGGAGGACUGACCCAGACAGGACCUCUGUGUCUGAGGCGAACGUACCGAGCGGUUCAGCACCUGCACAUGUUUCAGAGAACAUUCUCUCAAAACCGCCCAACAUCUGCUCCUCAAAUACAGAAGUCCCCAUCACAACGUCAGCGUUCGGCUCUGCACAAGACCAUAAAUCCGGCAGUUUGAAGUCAGAGCUUCAGGACUGCUGGAAAACAUCUGGCGGUAAGAGCAGUGUGCAGCCCGACUCGACCGCCGCGAAACCCGGCGGAGGUUCAGACGGCUCCACGUCCACCAAGGAAAGCAUCGCGCCUUCAAACGUGGAGCACAAGAGUGAAGUUUCUUCAGCUAAGGCGAGCGCGUCAUUAAAUGUAGUUACACAAGUCACACCGGGCGUGAACAAAAAGGACAACACUGUGUCUGCUGCCGCUGCAAAAGAGGACAGUGGCUCAUUGUUGCAGGAGAAAGGCGUUCCUCUUUCACCAAAGACAAAGAGAGCAGGCGAUGUGAGCGAUUCGGAGCAGCUGUUAAAGACUUUUCCAGCUGAAAAAGCACAAGACAAACCCUCUGAUUCACAAUGUUGCACCUCCAAGAAAGACGGCCCCGUUUUGAGUGGGAACGCAAACACUGUGGCACCCUUAGCGAAACCAAAAAACGUAGCUCCAGCGGCUACCAGCGACAACGCUUCGAGUCCCAAAAGUAAGACGAGGUCUGACCCUCAGCCUGCGCCCUCCGGAUCUGCCAAGACGGAGACAAAAACGGCUCCUCCAGUUCCCGUCAGAGGAAGUCCACAUUCAAAACAGAAGGAGUCGGCGCUGCCGGCUCCAAACACUGACAACGCUAAAUGCAAGGACGUCCUGCUGUCGUCCGCCGGAGUGGAGGUGAAGCAGGCAGAGUCCGUUCAGCCCUCUCACUCGCCCCCUCGCCCCGACCCGAAGCAAAGAGAAACCCAGCUCAGAAGCUCUGUAGCAAUCAGCAUCGCAGAUUUCAGACCAAAAUCUGUCCCUCCGAAAGCCGCCGCCGCCGCCGUGCCGCCGGCCCCAAAGCCCACUGUAGCGCCAACCCCCUCAGUCAAACCAAGUCUGGACGCUAAAGCUAAAGAGCCCUCCGCCAGAAACCCAGCCGCAGUCCUCAAAGACGCCCCCAAACCCAAAGACGGCGCUCCUCCUCAAGCUGCGCCUCCGCAGCUCAGGAAGGAGCCUCAGUCGCUGUCGGGCGUUGCCGAUCCGCCGCCGCCGGUUCUGCCGAAACCCGCAGUCAGAAAGGAAACGCCGGCAGCCGGCGGCGGGGCCAAAACCUGCGAGCCGGCGGCCAAGACGUCCAAAGACGGAGCGCCCAAACCCGACGCCCAGCAGAAGGCCGCCGACGCCAGAGUCGCCACCACCCCCGACAAGCAGGCGUCCUCCGGCCGCAAGGAGCCGGCCGACAGGAAGAAGAAGGAGACGGUUCAAGAGGCAGCGCAGAAAAACACUAAAAGGGACUCGUCCAGGGCGUCGCCGUCGGCUCUCAGAGACGGCGCGGAAAAAGACGGAGGCAGGUCGAAGAAGGAGUCGUCGCCGCGUAGCUCCUGCAACAAGAAGUGAAGGCUGGAAACAGCGGAUGUAGU